AUGGCGUCUCGCGACAAUCAAACGUCGACGACGCGUCGCAAUUCCCGCCCAGCGUUUGCAGUCUUUGAAGACGCCGCAACACCUCACGAAGGCGAACCUCGCCCAUUAAAAAAGCGUCGAAUUGAAGAUUCUAGUGUUGAAAUGGACAUUUCUCCGCCAUCCAGCACUCUACCCAGCAUCGCUCCAUCGCUCAAGAAUCGCUCGGCAUUCAGUGGCUUAUCCCUCCAGCUUCAAAGCACUCCUCCCAACAAGGAAAAACUCCCCAGAGUCAUGGAAUUUUCGUCACUCACCGCUCAUAAUUUGAACACCGCCUUUCUUGAUGCCUCUUCACUGCUGCGACCACGACGCACCAAAGUUUCUCCAAUUAUCGCAGGUUCACUGAAAUCUUCUCUUGUUCUCAAUUCUCCUUUUCGCUCGACUUCUAGACGCUCGCAGAAUCAUGAGCCCUCACAUACACCAAAUACAAGCAAGCGCCGCCCUUCGGAAGCUACGUCGCGCAGAACACCUCUAACUCCAAAGGGCAACAGAAGGCACUCAGAGGCGAGGGACUCAAGCACUCGCCGACGUAGUAGCUCUAUAUACAUGAGGAAUCUCGCCGAUAUACCGCGCUCCAAGAAGAAGCAACUUGCGCGAGAACAAUCAUUAAUUGAAGCUUUGCAUAGAUCUACCUUUACGUCGCCACCUCGUCGUGCCCCAGUUGACACCACGUCUCCGUCCAUUUUUCAAGACGCCUCACAGAUGCCACCUCGUAUCCCACACAUCAACUCGAGCGAAGGAACGCCGAGUAGAACAAACGCUCGACUGGUCUUCAUGCCCGAUUUUUCUCACGUACCACAACCAGAUGACGAAGCAGAUCUGUUUAGCGCCCCACCGACCCCGGUACGAAUGGACAUAGAUUGCACGCUUCCCAGCAAAGAGACGCAAGUUCCGCAAAAUAUACAGGCUGAACUCCGCCAGAUCAACCUGAAACCCUUGAGUCAUCUUCCGAAACGUCCGACGGUGGACUAUGAGACCUCUUCAGACCCUUUGGACCUCCUUGACCCACGCUAUUAUCCCAAGGAGAAGGAGAAACAAAAGUCUACUGCACUGGUUACCGUCCAGAAGAAGCAGCUUCCGCGCGUGUAUGGAAAGAGGGGCCGUCCCAAGACUGUGCAUUUUGCGACGCCAACCGGUCAGAGUGCACCCAACGGAGGCAAUUUCAGGGAGUACCGUGAACGCUAUCAUAACUCGAAGAAGGGUCACAAGACAGCGCGUGGUGUACCUCCGGCUGAUAUGGAUACAUCGGAUGAUGAGCUCUUGCUGAAAUAA